UUCGUCUGCAUUCACCAGCGUAGCACCGAGUGAGUUGAGAGUGUCUGUUGUUUUUAGUUGCACUUUGGACGGUCAAAUGUGCGAGAUGCAAAGUUGUUUUUCCACCUAAUAAAGUCUAGUCUCUACCUGUAUACAAUCUACUCGACUGGAUACUUCACCUUUCAAUCUUUGGGUGUUUGUGCAGUUUGAUUUUUUCAAAAGCUCUCUCGAUCGACAAUUGCGUCUACCGUCAACAAAGACAUUAUCUGCUUAUAAGAAAUGAGGCUCACGGCCCUCACUGCCAGCAACGUCCGUAACCUGUCGCGGAUGCUGGAUCAUUAUUCCCAUUUCAAUCCGUCUCCAUUGUCCGUCAAGCAGUUUAUCGAUUUCGGUCGCAGCGCAAAUGAAGUCCGAUCGUUUGAGUUUCUGCGCAAAGAGAUACCCGUUCGCCUUGCCAACAUUAUGCAAGAGAUCAAUCUCUUGCCACAGAAUCUACUGAGAAUGCCCUCCGUUCAUUUGGUCCACAACUGGUAUGUCAAGAGUUUCAAAGAAAUUCUCGAGUUUGAAGAUAUCAAAAGCGUCGACAACAAAAAACUUAACGAAUUCUGCGAGGCUUUGAUCAAGAUUAGAAAUCGUCACGCCGAUGUCGUGCCGACCAUGGCCAAAGGUGUGAUUGAAUUGCGUGAAUCGCAUCCGGUCGACCAGACGAUUGAACAUCGAAUUCAUUAUUUUCUCGAUCGUUUCUACAUGUCCAGGAUCGGCAUCCGCAUGCUCAUCAAUCAACACACGCUGCUGUUUGGUGGACAAAUGAACAACACCCGACAUAUCGGCUGCAUCGAUCCCAAUUGCGACGUCCAGUCUGUGGUGCGCGAUGCCUAUGAAAACGCCAAAUUCCUUUGCGAUCAGUAUUACCUGGCCUCUCCCGAUUUGGAAGUCAAAGAACAUAAUAACUUGGAGCCUGGUAUUCCCAUUCAGAUCGUUUAUGUACCGUCACACCUCUACCACACAUUGUUUGAAUUGUUCAAGAACGCCAUGAGAGCCGUGGUUGAACAUCACGGUGCUGCCGCUCGAGAUUAUCCACCAGUUCAGGUGCUGGUCAUUCGAGGGAAAGAAGAUGUUACCAUUAAGGUCUCUGAUAGAGGUGGAGGUGUCACUCGAUCAGACAUGAAGAACCUCUUCCAUUACAUGUACUCCACCGCUCCGCAACCGUCGCUGUCGGAUACGGAUUCCGCUCCCCUGGCCGGUUACGGUUACGGUUUGCCGCUGUCACGUUUGUAUGCUCGCUAUCUGCUGGGCGAUCUGACUCUGACGUCAUGCGAGGGCUAUGGCACGGAUGCCUACGUCUUUCUCAAGGCCAUCAGCGAGGAGGCCAACGAAAUGUUGCCCGUUUUCAAUCACAGCUCCACCCGUCAGUACAGCUCACCUUUGCCCACUCGCGAUUGGGUCAGCUUCGGUGGCGGCUCGGCCUCAUCGCCCGCCAGAGUCCGUCACCUGUCCACCAAGGUCCCAGGCCCAUUCGAUUCAAUAGUAUAGUGCAAUUCGGGGCCAACACACACAGCUAAAAUUACCCAAUUACCUAUCAAUACCAGAAUUUUGGUAAAAUAAUACCAAAUAUUACAACAAAAAAUGAGCUAAGAUUUACUAUCAUAAUGGCCAGCAUGUUUUAAAAUAGAUUUAAUUUGAAAAGAAAAAUUAUAAUAUCUACCUAAACACCAUUGAAACGGUAGGAGAAAAUGAUUUAGAGAAUCCACCGGGGUUUUUAUUCUUUUAAAUGUUUUAUUCAUUUUAAUUUUUUGUAGAAUUAUCAAUCUCAUUUGAAUGUUGAAAUGGUUUUUAGUGGCCAUUUAUAUUAAGAUUUUCAUUUGUCAUCAAACGAUAUUGCUCGGCGAAAGGGUAAAUGAUCAGUUAAUCUUGUGAUGGACCCCCCAGUGUUUUGUUAUUAUCACGGAGAAGAGUCUUGCCACACUUUCAUAUCCGCAUUGUCGUUGUCAAGUAAACCACAAGGAUUAAUCGCGUACAACUUUACAUUGGCAACCCACAUACUCCUUUGGGUCCCUUUUUUUAUUUUUUGAAUUAAAAAACAAAAGAUGAUGGUUUGGAAGGGGGGUCUGGUUAAUUUGAGAAGAAAUGUAUAGUUUUAAAUGUAAUUCCCCAAUAUUCUAUUGAAGUUAAGAAAUUCCACUUCACACACACAGCAUUGUCUUAAGUGCUCUGCAUUUGUCACUUGCCGAGAUUUGAAUUUAUAUAUCUCCCAAAGUGUAAUACACAAAACCAUUUUGAAAUCUUGA